CCCAGUCACCUGUGUCACUGAACCCUCUUCUUUUUCAAUCAAAACAUAACCUCACUUUUUUAGUUUAGUUUAACGCAAAAAAAUGAGUGAUUCAGAAAGUAAUAGCAGCGAAAAUGAUGAAAUAACGAGUGAAGAAAGGGAGAAAAUUAAACAGCGUUUGAGUAACUUGAGUUUCGAAGAGCUCCAAAAAAUGAAGGAGGAAAUCGGCUCAAAACUCUACAACGAAACAAUCUUCCAAACGAAAUCACAGCCAAGCAAAACCACGUUCAAGAGGGCUAACAAAAACAGACCCAGAGAAAUGAGUUCAAAGAGACCAGUCAGAUUGGAAAACAACGUGAUUCCCGUGAAACACGUUUUAAACAGAGAUCCGAGGUUUGAGCCUAUGUGUGGCACAUUUGACAAGAAAACAUUUAAAAAAGAUUACAAGUUCGUAAAUGACCUAAGGAAGCAAGAGAAAACACAAUUGCUGAAGCAGCUGAAGGAAACAGAAGAUAAAAAGAAGAUAAAAUUCGUGAUACGACGAUUAGAGAAUCAAAUUCGUGAAGAAGAAAAGAAGGAACGGUUGGAACAGGAGGAAAGGAAGGAGAAGUCUGAAAUUAAGACCAAGUUGAAGGCGGGAGAAAAAGUCCACUUUAAAAAGAGAUCUGUGAAACGACUGGAAGGAUUAAUUAGCAAAUUUGAACAACUGAAGAAGUCUAACAAGUUACAAAAACAUCUGGAGAAAAGAUCCAAGAAAGUUUCCGCUAAGGAACGUAAAAAAUUGAACAAUAUUUCAUGAUUUAUAGGAAAACCUUUGUUAUUUUAAAAAUAAAGACAAAAAAGUGUGUCAUAUCA